AUGUCCUCACAUUUUCUCUGGGGUUUUGUUACUUUAUUGAUGAUAGCCAAAUUGGAUGGCGAAACUGGAGAGCUUGAGGAGAAGCGACAGAAAAGGAUUGCUGAUCUCCACCAGCCUCGGAUGACUACAGAGGGGGGAAACUUGGUGUUUCUUACAAGCUCUGCCCAAAACAUUGAAUUUAGAACUGGAUCCCUUGGAAAAGUCAAAUUAAACGAUGAAGAUCUUGGUGAAUGUUUACAUCAGAUCCAGAGAAACAAAGAUGACAUUAUAGAUUUAAAGAGGAACACAACUGGUCUUCCUCAGAAUAUACUUAGUCAAAUCCAGCAACUUGACUCCAAGCUUGUGGAUCUUGAGAGGAAUUUUCAGAGUUUGCAGCAGAAUGUGGAGAGGAAGGUUUGCAGUAGCAAUCCCUGCCUCAAUGGUGGCACCUGCGUCAAUCUGCACAACUCCUUUUUUUGUGUCUGCCCUUCGCAGUGGAAGGGUCUUUUCUGCUCAGAGGAUGUUGAUGAGUGUGCAAUCUACUCAGGAACACCCUUUGGCUGCCAGAGUGGAUCCACCUGUGUGAAUACAAUGGGGAGCUUCAGAUGUGACUGCACACCUGAUACAUAUGGACCCCAGUGUACAUCCAAGUAUAAUGACUGUGAACAGGGCUCUGAGCAGCUCUGUAAGCAUGGCAUCUGUGAGGAUUUAGAGCGAGUGCAACAUGGACAGCCAAAAUUUAAUUGCAUCUGUGACGCUGGGUGGACAAUACCACCAAAUGGCAUCGCCUGCACAGAGGACAAAGAUGAAUGCAGCCUCCAACCUUCGCCUUGUGCAGAGCAUGUGCAGUGUUUCAACACACUGGGCUCUUUCUACUGUGGGGCUUGCCCAAAAGGCUGGCAAGGAAAUGGUUAUGAAUGCUACGAUAUCAAUGAAUGUGAGAUAAACAAUGGCGGCUGCUCUGUGGCUCCACUUGUCCCCUGUCUCAAUUCGCCUGGGUCUUUCACCUGUGGGAACUGCCCACCAGGUUUCAGCGGUGAUGGGAGAGAGUGCACGCCCUUGGAUGUCUGCUCAAUCAAUAACGGAGGUUGCCACCCAGAUGCAUCCUGCUCCUCAGCUCUUGGUAUAGGAUUUUUGCCUCUCUGCACCUGUCCUCCAGGAUAUACAGGAAAUGGUUUCGGGCCAAAUGGAUGUGUACACCUCAGUAAUAUUUGCUCAAGUCACCCAUGUGUAAAUGGACAGUGCAUAGAAACAGUAUCGAGUUAUUUCUGUAAGUGUGACUCAGGCUGGUCUGGAACCAACUGCACAGAAAACAUUAAUGAGUGCCUGAGCAACCCCUGUUUGAAUGGGGGCACCUGUAUCGAUGGUAUCAAUGGCUUCACUUGUGACUGCACAAGCUCCUGGACUGGGUAUUAUUGUCAGAUACCCCAGAGAGCUUGUGGAGAGAUCCUCUCGGGGACACAAGGAGUCUUUGCCUACCAGAGCCCUAAUGAUACCUAUGUUCAUGAUCUUAACUGUUUCUGGGUUGUCAGGACUGAUGAGGAAAAGGUUCUGCAUAUCACUUUCACGUUUUUUGACUUAGAACCAGCAAAUAACUGUCCCCGAGAAUUUCUUCAGAUUCACGACGGAGAUUCUUCAGCGGCUUUCCCUCUUGGGAGAUACUGUGGCUCCAGGCCCCCACAGGGCAUCCACAGCAGUGGCAAUAGUCUUUUCUUUCAUCUCUACUCUGAAUACAUAAGACGUGGAAGAGGCUUUACAGCGAAGUGGGAGGCAACGCAGCCGGAGUGUGGCGGCAUACUGACUAGUGAUUAUGGUUCUAUUACAUCUCCGGGGUACCCUGGAAACUACCCUCCAGGAAGAGAUUGUGUCUGGCACAUUCUAGCUCAUCCUGGCUACUUGAUAACAUUUACCUUUGGGACCUUGAGCCUGGAGAGCCACAGUGACUGCAGUAAAGAUUAUUUGGAGAUUCGAGAUGGUCCUUUCCAACAAGAUCCCGUUCUUGGGAAAUUCUGCACUUCUCUGUCUACCCCACCACUCCAGACUACGGGCCCCGCUGCCAGGAUUCAUUUCCAUUCUGAUGGUGACAUCACUGACAAGGGUUUCCACAUCACCUAUCUAACCACACCAUCGGAUCUGCCCUGUGGUGGGAACUACACGGACACCGAGGGUGAGCUCCUCUUUCCUCCCUUGUCUGGACCUUUCAAUCGCAACAGACAGUGUGUCUAUCUCAUCACACAGCCCAAAGGAGAGAAAAUAGAUAUCAACUUUACCCACGUGGAGCUGGAGAGCCAGAUGGGCUGUACUCACACUUACAUCGAGGUUGGAGACCAUAACAACUUACUUCGAAAGAUCUGUGGCAAUGAAACCCUGCUACCUAUUAGAUCGAUUUCUAACAGAGUCUGGAUCAGACUGAGAAUAGACGCUUUAGUCCAGAAGGCUAGUUUCAGAGCUGACUAUCAAGUUGCUUGCGGGGGUGAAUUAACAGGAGAAGGAGUCGUUCACUCACCUUUUUAUCCUAAUGCCUAUCCUGGACAAAGAACCUGUAGGUGGACCAUCUCCCAACCCCUCAGACAAAUUGUUGUUCUCAACUUCACUGACUUUCAGAUUGGAAGUACUGCCCCCUGUGAUACUGAUUACAUUGAGAUUGGUCCCAGCUCUGUCUUGGGAUCUCCUGGAAAUGAGAAGUUUUGUGGCACAAACAUACCAUCAUCUGUACCAUCCGUGUAUAAUGUUCUUUAUGUCACAUUUGUGAAAAGUUCUUCUAUGGAAAAUCGUGGCUUCACGGCUAGGUUCAGUACUGAUGAUUUAGAAUGUGGAGAAGUUCUCACAGCAUCAAAUGGAGACAUUAAAAGUCCCGGUUAUCCAAAUAUCUACCCAAGUGGUGUAAAUUGUACCUGGCAUAUAGUAGUCCAGCAAGGCCAUGUGAUUCGUUUGGCGUUCGAUUCAUUUUACCUGGAUUUUCAUUACAACUGCACAAAUGACUACCUGGAAAUUUAUGACGUUGUUUAUCAGAUAUCUCUUGGGAGAUAUUGUGGAAAAUCCAUCCCACCUUCUCUUACUAGCAGUUCCCACUCAAUAAAGAUCAUGUUUGUGUCUGACUCUGCUCUUGCCCACGAAGGCUUUUCGAUACAGUAUGAAGCAAUGAAUGCAUCAUCAGUAUGCUUAGAAGACCAUACAGAUAACUAUGGAGGAAUCACCUCCCCAAACUACCCCAGAAAUUACCCCAAUAACUUGGAUUGCAUUUACAGGAUCACAGCGGGAUUCAAUGAACAGAUUGAAUUGGAUUUUAUAAACUUUGAACUGGAGGAGGGCUCGGGGCAACAGUGUUUCGAUUUUCUGGAAAUCAGAGAUGGAGGCUACGAAACUUCACCACUCCUUGGAUGUUAUUGCGGCUCAGUUGUGCCUCCUAGAAUCAUCUCUCAGAGUAACAAGCUAUGGCUGAGGUUUAAGAGUGAUAGAGUGUAUACAAGGAGGGGUUUCUCAGUUUCCUGGGACGUAGUGUCAACAGGCUGUGGAGGCAAUCUCACCACCCCCACGGGGUUGAUCACAUCCCCCAACUACCCGAUGCCCUACUACCAUAGCUCUGAGUGCUACUGGCGGCUGGAAGCCAGCCAUGGCAGCGCUUUCCAGCUCGAAUUCCAAGACUUCCACCUGGAGCAUCACCCCAGCUGCUCUCUGGAUUACUUGGCGGUGUAUGAUGGCCCAAGUACCAGCUCCCAUCUGAUAAAUAAACUCUGUGGAGACACAACACCAGCUCCCAUCCGGACCAGUAGAGACAGCAUAUUGUUGAAACUGAGGACAGAUGAAGGUCAGCAAGGACGUGGCUUUGAAGUAAAAUACCGGCAGAUAUGUGACAAUGUAAUAAUAGUGAAUAAAACCCAUGGCAUCUUGGAGAGCAUAAAUUAUCCAAAGCCCUAUGAUAAAGAUCAACGUUGUAACUGGACCAUCCAAGCAACAAAAGGCAACACUGUGAACUACACAUUUCUUGAAUUUGAAGUGGAAAAUGAUGUAAACUGCUUCACAGAUUAUUUAGAGCUCUAUGAUGGACCACAAAAGAUAGGACGAUACUGUGGAAGAGAUAUCCCCCCAUCAGGGGCCACCACAGGCUCCAAGCUUCAUGUACUGUUCUAUACAGAUUCGAUUCUUUCACAUGACAAAGGAUUUAGGAUGCAGUGGUUCAUUCAUGGCUGUGGUGGGGAGAUGUCUGGAGUCGAGGGCUCCUUCAGCAGCCCUGGGUACCCUAACAGCUAUCCUCACAACAAGGAGUGUAUCUGGAACAUUCGAGUGGCCCCAGGGAAGAGCAUUCAGCUCAUCAUCCAUGAUUUUGAUGUGGAGUAUCACUCAAACUGCAACUUUGACUCCCUGGAGAUCUAUACAGGCCUUGAUUUUCACUCUCCGAGAAUGGCUCAGUUGUGUGUCCAAACACCAUCAGCGAACCCCAUGCAGAUCUCCAGCACUGGAAAUGAGCUAGCAGUCCGAUUUAAGACUGAUAACAAUAUAAAUGGGAGAGGUUUCAAUGCUUCAUGGCGAGCAGUCCCUGGAGGUUGUGGUGGGGUUUUCCAGAUUCCCAGAGGAGAGAUUCAUUCUCCAAAUUACCCCAAUAGCUACAGCGCUAAUACUGAGUGUUCUUGGACCAUUCAAGUUGAAAAACAUCACCGUGUUCUCUUGAACAUCACUGACUUUGACCUUGAAGCCACAGAUUCGUGUAUUAUGACGUAUGAUGGCUCAAGUUCCACAAACACCCGUGUCGCCAGUGUGUGUGGAAGACAGACACCACCUAACUCCAUCACUUCUUCAGGAAACAGCCUCUUUGUGAGAUUCCAGUCUGGCUCUUCCAGACAGGGCAGGGGCUUCCGAGCUCAGUUCAGGCAAGAAUGUGGAGGCCACAUCAUCACUGACUCUUCUGAUACUAUUUCCUCUCCAUUGUUCCCUAAUAAAUAUCUAAACAAUCAAAACUGUACUUGGAUAAUUGAAGCUCAACCUCCAUUCAGUCAUAUUACCCUCUCCUUUAGCCUCUUUCAACUUCAAGGCAGCACAGACUGUACACGGGACUAUUUAGAAAUUUUGGAUGGCAAGGACUAUGACGCACCUGUCCAAGGCCGUUACUGUGGUACCUCCCUGCCCCAUCCCAUCGUAUCUUUUGGCAAUGCCCUGACACUGAAGUUUGUCUCUGAUUCUUCCAUUGUAAGUGAGGGUUUCCAUGCCUUCUAUUCUGCAUCAACGUCAGCUUGCGGUGGAACCUUCAACAUGGCUGAUGGCAUCUUCAACAGCCCUGACUACCCAGCAGCAUACCAUCCUCAUGCGGAAUGUGUCUGGAACAUUGUCAGCUCCCCUGGAAACCAGCUGCAGCUGUCCUUUCUAACCUUCCAGUUGGAGAGCUCUCCAAACUGUAACAAGGAUUUUGUGGAAAUCCGAGAAGGAAAUGCCACAGGCCAAUUGGUGGGACGAUACUGUGGAAACUCCCUCCCUGGCAAUUUCUCAUCCAUCAAGGGUCAUAUUCUGUGGAUCAGAUUUGUCUCUGAUGGCUCAGGCAGUGGCAUGGGCUUCCAGGCCAGGUUCAGUCACGUAUUUGGCGAUGAUAAUAUUGUGGGAACUCAUGGGAAAAUCGCAUCUCCCUUAUGGCCUGGAAAUUACCCCCCUAACUCCAAUUACAGAUGGACAGUAAAUGUAAAUUCAUCUCAAAUUAUACAUGGUAGAAUCUUGGAGAUAGACAUGGAAACAGCAGGAAACUGCCGUUAUGACAAAUUAAAGAUCUAUGAUGGGCUUGAUAUCCAUUCCCGCCUGAUUGGCACUUACUGCAGUACCCCCUUGGAAUCAUUUAGUUCCAGUAGAAACUCUUUGACAUUCCAGUUUUCUUCUGACGCUACCGUUUCCGGGAAGGGAUUCCUUCUGGAGUGGUUUGCGGUAGAUGUUUCUGGUGGCACUGAUCCUACCAUUGCUCCAGGUGCUUGUGGAGGAUAUAUGGUGACAGGAGACACUCCUCUCCUUUUUUUCUCCCCGGGCUGGCCUGGGCAGUACCAUAAUCAUGCUGACUGUACAUGGAUCAUCUACGCUCCCGAUUCUACUGUGGAACUCAACAUCCUCUCCAUGGACAUUGAACCUCAGCUAAUGUGUGCCUAUGACAGGCUGAUCAUAAGAGAUGGAGACAAUAACUUAGCCCAGCAGCUGGCUGUUCUGUGUGGUAGAGAGAUUCCCGGGCCCAUCCGGUCAACUGGAGAGUACAUGUACAUCCGUUUCAUCUCAGACUCCAGCAUCACUACAGCCGGCUUCAACGCCUCCCUUCACAAGAGCUGUGGUGGAUAUUUGCAUGCAGACAGAGGGAUUAUCACAUCCCCCAAGUACCCAGACUCCUACCUUCCCAAUCUCAACUGCUCCUGGCAUGUUCUGGUCCAGAGUGGUCUCACCAUUGCUGUCCAUUUUGAGCAGCCUUUCCAGAUUCAAAAUAGAGACUCUUCGUGCAACCAGGGGGAUUACUUGGUGCUAAGAAAUGGACCAGAUAUCCAUUCUCCACCCUUGGGACCCUCUGGAAGAAAUGGUCGUUUCUGUGGAAUUUAUACUCCAUCGACUCUGUUCACCUCAGACAAUGAAAUGUUUGUUCAGUUCAUUUCUGAUAAUAGUAACGGCGGGCAAGGAUUUAAGAUCAGAUAUGAGGCCAAGAGUUUAGCCUGUGGGGGCACUAUCUAUAUCCAUGGUGCCGAUUCUGAUGGAUACGUGACCUCCCCCAACUACCCUGCUAAUUAUCCACAGCAUGCUGAAUGCAUUUGGAUCUUAGAGGCUCCUUCUGGGAAAAGUAUACAGCUCCAAUUUGAAGAUCAAUUCAAUAUUGAAGAAACACCCAACUGUUCUUCGAGCUACCUUGAAUUGCGUGAUGGAGCCGACUCAAGUGCUACAGUGCUUUCCAAAUUGUGUGGGCACACUUUGCCUGGUAGCUGGAUAUCCUCAAGAGAACUUAUGUACUUGAAAUUCCAAUCUGGUACUGGUUCCAGCUACAUGGGAUUCAAGGCCAAGUAUUCCAUAGCCCCAUGUGGAGGAACAGUCUCAGGGGAAAAUGGAGUCAUUGAGAGCAUUGGAUACCCGACCCUUCCCUAUCCAAACAAUGCCUUUUGUCAGUGGCAUCUCCGGGGCCUCCCAGGACACUAUCUCACCAUUCAUUUUCAAGAUUUUAAUCUUCAGAGUUCCCCUGGUUGUGCAAAAGACUUUGUGGAGAUCUGGGAAAACCAUACCACUGGAAAUAUUUUGGGCAGAUAUUGUGGAAACUCCAUUCCUAGCCAUGUGGACACUUCCAGCAAUGUUGCUUCGGUCAGGUUUGUCACAGAUGGCUCUGUCACUGCCUCAGGAUUUAGGCUGCAGUUUACGUCCAGCAGAGAAGUGUGUGGUGGGAAUUUACACGGCCCUACCGGAACAUUUACUUCUCCCAACUACCCAAACCCUAAUUCUCAUGCCUGGAUCUGUGAGUGGACAAUCACUGUACCAGAAAGCAGGAGAAUCAUCCUAACCUUUACCAACUUGAGGCUGAGCAACCAUCCAUCCUGCGACAGUGAGCACCUCAUAGUGUUCAAUGGCAUUAGAAGUAAUUCACCCCAACUAGAGAAACUGUGCAGCCGUGUGAACGUAACCAGUGAGUUCAAAUCCACUGGAAACACAAUGAAGGUCGUAUUCUUCACCGAUGGAUCCCGGCCGUACGGAGGCUUCACUGCUUCCUACACCUCCAGUGAAGACGCAGUGUGUGGUGGACCUCUUUCAAGUGUCUCUGGUGGAAACUUUACUUCUCCUGGCUAUAAUGGAAUCCGUGAUUAUGCAAGAAACCUAGACUGUGAAUGGACUGUCAGUAACCCAAAUCGGGAAAAUUCAUCCAUUAAUAUCCAUUUUAUAGCAUUUUCCCUUGAAAGUCAUCAAGACUGUGCAUUUGAUGUCCUUGAGUUUCGAGUGGGUGAUGCUGAUGGGCCCCUGAUAGAGAAGUUCUGCAGCUUGUCAGCACCAGCAGUACCCUUGGUUAUCCCCUACCCCCAGGUGUGGAUACACUUUGUCACCAACGAGCGUGUAGAACAUACUGGAUUCAAUGUAGAGUACUCCUUUACAGAUUGUGGUGGAAUACAGACAGGUGAGAGUGGAGUGAUCUCAAGUCCUAACUAUCCAAAUGUUUAUGGUAGAUGGACCCACUGUUCAUGGCUGUUGGAAGCCCCAGAAGGGCACAUCAUCACUCUCACAUUUACUGACUUUCAUCUUGAGAUGCAUCCAACUUGCGCUUCAGACUCGGUUACUGUCAGGAAUGGUGGCUACCCUGAAUCACCCAUCAUAGGACGGUACUGCGGGUGGUCAAUCCCUGGACCAGUACAGUCUGGUUCCAACAAGCUUGUGGUGACUUUUAGCACAGACCGUCAAGGGCAAAGUCGUGGAUUUUAUGCUACAUGGGACACAAGCACUUUAGGUUGUGGUGGAACAUUCCAUUCAGAUAAUGGUACAAUCAAAUCUCCCCAUUGGCCUCAGACAUUCCCCCAGAACAGCAGAUGCUCCUGGACAGCCAUCACACAUGACAGUAAACACUGGGAGAUUAGCUUUGACAGCAAUUUCCGCAUCCCCAGCAGUGACAGCCAGUGUCUGAACAGCUUUGUGAAGGUCUGGGAAGGAACUUUGGAGACCAAUGAUACCCUGUUAGCCACAAGCUGUGGGGAUGUGGCUCCCGGUCCCAUCGUCACAUCAGGAAACAUAUUCACUGCUGUCUUCCAGUCCGAGGAGAUGCCAGGCCAGGGCUUCUCUGCGUCCUUCAUAAGCCGAUGUGGACGUAGGUUCAAUGGCUCCAGAGGUGACAUCAUCUCUCCAAACUUCCCAAAGCAAUACGACAACAACAUGAACUGCACCUACUUCAUAGACGUUGAACCUCAGUCUUUGGUCAUCCUGACCUUUGUGUCCUUCCAUUUAGAAGAUCGCUCAGCCAUCACUGGAGACUGUGAUCACGAUGGCUUGCACAUCAUCAAAGGUCACAACCUCUCUUCCACUCCUCUUGUGACCAUAUGUGGUUCUGAGGCCUUGUAUCCCCUCACCGUGGAUGGCCUAGUGUCGCUCAACUUUUAUUCUAACGAAUACGCCACAGACUUUGGGUUCAAGAUUUCCUACAGAGUCACUAGGUGUGGAGGAACCUACAACCAGUCUGUUGGGAUCUUAAACAGUCCUUUAGAAACAAACACCAACUACCCCAACAAUGCCUACUGUGUCUACAGCAUCUACGUAAGAAGCAACAGAUUGAUUCUACUUAGGUUCAAGCAAUUUGAUGUGGUUCCCUCCAACUUAUGCAACAAUGACUACCUGGAGGUUUUCGAUGGUCCUAGCAUUGGAAAUCGGUCUCUUGGAAAGUUCUGUGGUUCCACAAUUCCACAAAAUCUGAAGAGCACCAAUAACAGCCUGACCCUGCUGUUCAAGACAGAUUCUUCUCAAACAGCAAGAGGUUGGGAAAUAUAUUUCUGGGAGACAAUAGGACCACAGCAAGGAUGUGGGGGAUACCUGACAGAUGACAACAGUACCUUUGUCUCUCCUGAUUCUGACUCAAAUGGAAAGUAUGACAAAGGUCUAAACUGCAUAUGGUACAUAAUUGCACCUGAAAACAAACUCAUUAAUCUCACCUUUAGUAAGUUUUCUCUGGAGGCAGCAGCACAGCAAGGAAUCUGCAACUAUGAUUAUGUGCAGAUAGCAGAUGGCAGGAGCAUAAGAUCAAAUUUAGGUGGAAGAUUUUGUGGUUCCCAAAUACCUGCCCCGUUUAUCUCUUCUGGCAACUCCCUUACGAUUCAAUUUGUCUCUGACAUAACUUUUGAAGGAGAAGGAUUUAAUGCAACAUAUACCUUUGUGGACAUGCCUUGUGGUGGAACACAUGUUGCAACUUUGACCCCACAAAACGCAUCGUCACCUCAUUUGUCAAACAUCAGACGACAAUUUUCCACCUGUACUUGGGUCAUUGAGGCUCCUCCACACAAGCAGAUCAAGAUCACUGUGUGGGAAUUACAGUUAACCUCACAAGACUGCUCACAGAGCUACUUAGAGCUUCAGGAUUCACCACAGAGAAAUGGACCAGUGACUCAGUUCUGCAGUGCCAACUUUACAACCCUGCCAGCAUUUUAUUCUUCAACGAGGACUGCAAUGGUCGUUUUCAGAUCUGACGUUUUGAACACAAACUCUCGAGUGCAUUUCACCUAUCAGAUUGCAGAUUGCAACAGAGAAUACAACCAAGCAUUUGGUACUCUGAAGAGUCCUGGGUGGCCUCAAGUAUAUGAUAAUAACCUGGACUGCACCAUUAUUCUGAGAGCCCCACAGAACAACACCAUUUCCCUCUUUUUCUAUUGGUUUCAACUGGAAGAUUCAAGACAAUGCACGCAUGAUUUCUUGGAGGUAAGAAAUGGCAGCAACAGCAGCUCACCGCUGCUUAACAAGCACUGUGGAACACUCCUGCCAAACCCCAUCUUCUCUCAGAGCAACGAACUGUAUCUGCGGUUUAAGAGCGAUAACUCAGUCACCUCCGCUGGAUACGAAAUUAUCUGGACCUCCUCUCCAUCUGGCUGCGGAGGAACUCUUUUUAGUGACAAUGGUAUAUUAACCAGCCCUGGCUAUCCUGGCAGUUACUCCAACAACACUCACUGUGAAUGGACCAUCAUUGCCCCUUCUGGAAGACCUGUCAACAUCAGGUUCCCUUUUGUCAAUAUCAACCCUCCAGGAGACUGUGCCCACAACUACCUCGCUUUCUAUAAUGGGCCAGACGACAGCUCACCAUCCUUUGGAACAUACUGUGGAAUAUAUACGAGUAUAGCCGACUUCACAGCUUCAUCCAAUCAAGUCUUCAUAAGAUUUCAUGCUGAGUAUACAACGCAGCUGUCAGGGUUCCAGUUAUGGUGGGACAGCUGAAUUGGGAGAGCCGUGUGCAAGCCCAGGACUCUGGCUCUGCCACAGCAUCGUCAGAUGCCACCCUGCCCAGAACUCUGCCUUCCUUAUCCCCAUGGCUGCCUGUGCAAUCAAACAGUGAACUGAACUUCUGUGGCCUUUACCAGAGACAGCAUGGAAUGAAUUUUUCACAGUUGGUGUUCUGAAUACAGAGCAUAACUUUGUUCAACUCAGCUGUACACACCAUUCUUACCGGAUGCACCAUUUAGCUGGCAUCUUUUAAGAAGUUCUUCAAAAUAUCCUGGGGCAUAUUAAUGUACAUUUGUAUUGUGAUACACAUAUGUGCAUUGUUUUCACUACAAAAGUCAAAGUCAAGGUAAUAAACGUUACUAAAAACCAUG